AACGCGAGAGUCCGGGGCGGCGCGGCAGUCGAACCUUCGUCUGGGCACCGCAGGCCGGACCCGCACGGGGCGCGCGCCCGGAAGUCGCCGGUAGGUCAUUCGCUGGAUAAGCUAUGGCCUCUGCGGCGCUGCUGUGUGCCGCGCGGGCGCUUCGCCCGCCAAGCGGGCUUCCUGGAACUAGGUGGACACAGAUCAGAGAUACCCACCAGCGAGCUUCACUGUUAUCCUUCUGGGAACUCAUUCCCAUGAGAGCAGAACCUCUGCGCAAGAAGAAGAAGGUAGAUCCUAAAAAAGAUCAGGCAGCAAAAGACCGUUUGAAAAAGAGAAUCCGAAAACUAGAAAAAGCUAACCAAGAGCUAAUUCCUAUUGAAGAUUUUAUUAUUCCCCUGAAGUUCUUGGACAAAUCAAGACAGCGGCCUCAGGAGGAACUCUCCUUUGAGGAAAGCGAGCGGAGAGCUCUGCUUCUGAAGAAGUGGUCACGGUACAAGCAGCAAGAGAAUGAGGCAGAGAGGAAUGCCAUUGCAUCCAUGCUAGAAGCCCAGCAAGAAGCUCUCCAGGAACUGAGACUUGAGUCCCCAGAGCUUUACGAGGAGGCUGUCAAGCGGGACUCUAGCCUGUUCCCUUUUGAGAGGGAAGGGCCAUAUUACACGCCACCAAUAUCUAACUACCAACCCCCUGAAGGCAAAUACAAUGACAUCACCACAGUAUACACACAGCAAGAAUUCAAAAGGUAGAACUGAACUUGUUUCAGAUCACCAGGGCUGAAUCUGUUUUCCAGACAUGUUGGUUACAAAUAAAAAUAUAUUCAAAAGUAUCUCUUUGUCUUGUGUUACAAUCAUCAUUAACUCACCUGCAGAUGGAUGGGGCAAGAGAUGCCACCCCUCUGCCAAGUACUUUGAUGAGAAUGAUAAUGACAUCAGCCUUUCUUCCCCAAUGGGAGGGAAUACAGGUUUAAAAAAAAAAAGGAAGAUUUUAGUUGUGCAGUGUAAGUGCCACCUGCGGAGGCACAGAGGA